AACUGUUAUUAGGUGAAGAGAGAAUCUACAGAUACUUCAGCCGGCUCUAUGGUUAUCUCGCUCGCCAGACGUGAGUGAGAGUGAUUUCGGCCAGGCGACUAGCUGAUACCAAUGAAAACCAAUGCAAACAACAGUUGCAAUUAUAUUAGUAGUGCAUGCGGCGAGUCAAGCGUUGCUAGAGAACAGCUGAAGAGGAGGGUGAAGCGCGAGCAUCGCAGCCAUACGUACAAGUGUUUGAAUCAUAAUCCGUUAACAAGGCUCAAGCUGCUUGCUCAGCGACGCCAGCGACUGCAGCCUCUGUUUGAAGUUUAGCUACAAAAGCAGCUCCUGACCAAGAGCCGAAGUUCAAGUUGUUGACGUUUCUGCCUUUCUUUGACUUGUUUCCAUUUACUCUGGCUGCAGCUUUGUUGUUGCCCCACGUUUCGACGACCGCCUGUUGCACAAAAGUCAAAGCCAAGGCAGUUGCCUUAAUUGCCCCGACAACCACAGCAACAGCAACAGCAACAGCAACAAAAACAUCAACAACAACAAUCAGCGAGGAGAGUAAAGAGACGUUCCACCGAAAACGAAAUUCUGCAAGUGAAAACUUACUUUAUAAUCAAGCGGCGCACUGAGCGAGCGAGCGAGCGAGCGAGAGAGAGCGAGAGCGAGAGAGAUUGUGAAUGACAACGAGUCGCGCAGCUCCUUUAGCUAUAAAGCGGCCAAGCUGACUCUGACGAGUUUCCUUUACAGUAAAAAACCAGUAAGUGUAACUGGAACUGGUAUUCGUCGACUCACACAUAUAUACAAUUAAUAUUAUCAGCGAUUCACACAUAUAUACACUUAUAUAUACGUACGCACACACACCAAUGUACUGGGCUGUUGAUUAUUACGCGGAAAUGGGACAAAUCUCACAAGAUUGCGCUUCGACCGAUUUUGAUAUGGAUGAUCUCGAUGAAUGUGAUCAGGUGACACAGGUGAUUGGCUAUCAUCCGCGAUAUCGUGAUCAUUUUCUGCGCACGCAGAACUUUAUUAUGAAAGGUGAUGGACCCUUGCCCUAUGCCUAUAGAUACUAUUUGGCCAUAAUAGCUGCUGCACGGCAUCAGUGCCCCUACCUGGUGAAGCGGUACGAGAAGGAGUUUAUUAAUCAGGGCGGCAAUAGGGAGUGGCUAAAUGGCUUGGAUUAUAUACCCGCCAAAUUACGUGCCAUAUAUGAAAUAAAUAAAAUAUUAGCCCAUCGCCCCUGGCUGCUGCGCAAGGAGCAUAUUGAGCGCCUGACCAAAGGUAGAAAUAGCUGGUCUUUGUCUGAGGUGGUGCAUGCGAUGGUCUUGCUAUCGCAUUUCCAUUCGCUCUCAUCAUUUGUGUUCUCCUGCGGUCUCACACAAAAGCUCGAUGGUUUGUCUAGUCCCAAAUUGAAAGGUGCGCCUGUGUCGAUGCAGUCGCAGUCGCAGUCGCAGUCACAGCUGCAGGUGCAGGUGCAGUCGCCGAAGCUUGAUGAUGCAAGCCAAACCACAGCCAGCCCCAUUCACCAGCAGCAGCAGCAGCAGCAGCAACAACAACAGCAGCAGCAGAAGCAACAGCAGGAACAACAGCAACAACAGAAAAACGUUCUAGGGGAGAUAUCACUGAACAAUAGCAGCAGCAGCAGCAGCAGCAUUGGCGGCGGCGGCGCUGCUGUUGUGAGCAGUGGCGUUGGCAGCAGCGUCGGCGGCGGUGGCAACAAUACAAAGCCAGAUUAUAAUAAUACAAUGGACAACAACAAUGGCAAAAGCAGCGCAGCCAACAACAGUUUCGGCCAACACUAUUUGGCUACCGCACAGAAUCAGCCGCAGCCGCAGCCGCAAAUUCAUUUUGGUAUCUGUGUGGAGGCCGUAAUGGAGCGCAUGAAGGUGCUCUCGCAGAACCAGGACGAGUGCAGUGAGGCCGAGCUAAGUAAUCGCUUUAAGAGCGUUGAGCUGCAGACAGCUGAGCUGGCAGCUGCCACGCCCCCCGAAGCACCAGUCGCCCUUCCGCCCAUCAUAUCGCAUUAUGUCGACGAUGCGGCCUUUACGUACCAGGACUUUGCCCGUCGCGGAGCCGAGAACAUAAACACAUUUCGUAUACAGGACUAUUCCUGGGAGGAUCACGGCUACUCCCUAGUGGAGGGCUUGUACCAUGAUGUGGGCACCUUCCUGGACGACAAGUUCCGGGCUGCCUACAACUUGACAUAUUUCACCAUGGGCGGCAUUAAGAACGUGGAUACAUCGAAGUUCCGCCGUGCCAUCUGGAACUAUAUCCAGUGCAUAUUUGGCAUACGCCACGAUGACUACGACUACGGCGAAGUCAAUCAGCUGCUUGUGCGUCCGCUGAAAAUGUUUAUAAAGACAGCCUGUUGUUUUCCAGAGCGCAUUACCACUAAGGAUUACGAUAGCGUGCUCGUCGAGCUGCUCGACAGCGAAAAGGUUCAUGUUAAUCUAAUGAUAAUGGAAGCCCGCAACCAGGCCGAAUUACUCUAUGCUUUGCGCGAGAUUAUGCGCUAUAUGACUUGAUCUCAUUAAGUGAUUAAAGAUAUAUAUAUAUAUAUACAAAUACAUACACAUAAAAAGAAAACAAAGUGCAUGCAUAUACCAUAUUAAUAUACAUAUAUGUAUGUCUGUAUACAUAUUAAAAGUCUGCUCAUUCAGAGUUGGCAAAAGGAGUUUUUGUAAUUCAAAUAGAGAGCGUUUAAAGAACAGUUUAAAUUGUUGCAAUAUCUUCAGUGUGUCUUCAAAUCAACUAUAUAAUAAAUAUAAACCAAUUCGUAAAUGUCUGCAAUUGAUUAUGAUAUUAGAUGUUCCAUAAACUAAAUCUGAAUAAUGUGUAAGAUAAAUCUGAUAAAUCAAACUUUCAACUU